GCUACGAUAAUAAACGCGACUUUAGGAAAGUGCUGGAGGAGCUGAGAUCCCGGGAGUUGCAAGGCGUAAUCAGGGCAGUAGAUCGGGUGUAGAAAAGGAUAGCCGAUCGCCGAUGGAGAAGACAGAGCGUUGGGACGCCAUUAAAGGCUGAAAUUGGAAGGUCCUGCCAUGUCCAUUUCUACUGUCGAUAAUGUCGUCUUCUCCGUUUGAGACCAUCGAAGAAGAAGCGGAAUGAGAAGCCAUUAAAGGGUAUCGUCUCUUCAAAUAAGUUCAAAGAAAGAGGUCUCAGCAAUGGGUUGCUGUGUGAGCACAAACACAGCUUCAAAACGUUCCGAAGACAAAUCCGGCAAACCGCCGCUGCAUCUGGUGUUGGAAGAGGAGGAAGAAGCAGUCAAAGAGGUUGUCCUCUCAGAAGCACCGACGAUUCCCGAACAUUACCCCGCGGCAGGAUUCUCCGGCGCGGCGGCGCAGGACAAAAGGAACCAAAACGACGCCGUACGCAGUAACGGAGGUCUGUCGGAGAUCUGCAGCGAUAUGAGUGAAAGCUCGAGCGUUUCCACGGCGGUGACGGAGAAAAGGGAAAGAUACGGCGAAGCACGCGAAUUCCGGCAGAGGUCGAAGAACCGGGAAUAUUCCGGCGAGAUGAAGAGAGAUAGAAUUGUUGGGAGUUCCCCGGGUCGGAGGUCCGAAAUCUCAUCGAAUGGAUCCGGGUCCGGGUAUGGACGGAAAAGGGACAGCGGGGAGAUCUCCGGGCGGAGGUCUGUGUCCCCUGCGCCACGCGCCACGGCGGCGACGUCGCAAACGGGAUUGAGUCGGACACAGUCCGCGAGGAAAACGGGUGUUGCGCCGGCGCCGGAGAGGAUUCGUAAGGCGGAAGGAGAGAAGCACGGUGAACGGGCGCCGGCGCCGACACCGACAGAGAACGAGUCACUGGAAAACCCGCUUGUGUCCCUGGAGUGCUUCAUAUUUCUAUAGUGCACGCGCGAGGGCAGAAGGGUGAUUUCAUCUCUUGUAGCAUGUUUGAUUUCUUCUUGGAUUUUUUUGUAAGAUUUCAAACUAGACGUUGAUGGAUGUUGAGAUUAAACCGAUUUGUUAGACAGCA